AUCAUAGUUCUUUCAAGUUUCAACCCAGCAAAAAGAAAAGAAAGAAAACCCAUCCAAAACAGAACAGAGUAAAUACAAGGAUUCUCCUUUCUGUUUUUCACUUCAAAUGAUUCAAAAUUUUGACCAAACUGAUCGCCGGAUUCUCACAUUUCCGGCGGUUCAUCCUUGUGAAGCCAUCUCCCCGGCAACCCUACUCAAUUCUUUAAUCAGUCUCUCUCAAAACAUAUACAAUUACCAAUCAAAGUUGUUUGCUACACAAAGGAAAAAUGCACGCCAAACCAUUCGACAAAUCAGUCUUCUUCUUCUAUUUUUCGAGGAAACAAGGGACCGUAGAUUGGCUCUUUCUGAUUCGGCUGUUCUUUGCUUCUCCGAGCUCCACCUUGCCUUUCAGAAGGUCCAGUUCUUGUUGGAAGAUUGUACGCGUGAAGGUGCAAAACUAUGGAUUCUAAUCAAGUCUCAAAUAGUUUCCACGCAGUUUCGAGCACUGAUUCGAGCAAUUGCGACAGCUCUUGAUGUUUUGCCAUUGAGUUUGAUUGACGUUGGUGGUGAAGUGAAGGAGUUGGUAGAAUUAGUAGGAAAGCAAGCACGUAACGCUAAAGUUGAGGUAGACCCUGAAGAUGAAUGGGCAUUAAAACAAGUGUUCUCGAUAUUAGAUCAUUUUGAGAAGGGAAUUGAGCCUGAUUCCAGCUUUAUCAAACGGGUACUUGAUCAUCUAGAGAUUAGAAACUGGAAUGACUGUAACAAGGAAAUCAAGUUCUUGGAAGAACAAAUUGGUUUUCGGUGCUCAGAUUGUAAUGAAAGAGAGGUCCCAUUUCUAAGCAGCUUGUUGGGGUUAAUGAGCUACUGCAGGGGAGUGAUUUUUGAGACCUGGAAUCAUCGCAACAACGAUAAAAGCGAUGCAAGGCACGGCAUUGAGGCCCCUAGUUGCAUAAAUACUGAAGAUUUUCGAUGCCCGAUUUCACUUGAGCUGAUGACUGAUCCUGUAACUGUAUCAACUGGGCAGACUUAUGAUCGGUCUUCGAUUCAAAGAUGGCUCAAAGCUGGAAAUAUGACCUGUCCCAAAACAGGUGAGAGGCUGACAAGCACAGAGUUAGUCUCCAACACCACUCUCCGGAAGCUAAUCCAACAGUUCUGCACCGAUGUUGGCAAUUGUGCAUCCAAUUCAGGAAGCCAAAGUCGAGACAUAGCCAGGACCAUCUCUCCAGGUAGUCCUGCAGCAGCAGAGGAAAUGAAAUUCCUCUCGAGGUUUCUUGCAAGAAGGCUAGUUUUCGGUUCAAGAGAGCAGAAAACAAAGGCUGCUUAUGAAAUUCGGUUGCUUGCAAAAUCAAACAUUUUUAAUCGAUCUUGUUUGAUUGAAGCAGGCACAAUCUUACCUCUCAUAAACCUUCUAUCUUCUUCUUUUGAACACUAUGCUCAAGAGAUUGCUAUCUCAGCUCUAUUGAAGCUCUCAAAGCAUACUUGUGGUAAGAAAGAGAUCAUUGAGAGCGGUGGAUUGCAGUCGAUUCUUGCAGUUCUUCAAAGGGGAUUGAGUUUGGAAGCAAAGCAAAUGGCAGCCGCCACAAUCUUUUACCUUGCUUCAGUGAAGGCAUAUCGGAAACUGAUUGGAGAAACACCUGAAGUAGUUCCGACCCUCGUGGAACUGAUCAAAGAUGGGACCACUAGUGGCAAAAAGAACGGAGUUGUGGCCAUUUUCGGGCUACUUCUACACUCAGGGAACCACCAAAGGGUGCUUGCAUCCGGUACCAUUCCAUUGCUGAUGGAUAUUUUGUCUUCCUCAGAUAACGAUGAACUUGUAGCAGAUUCAGUAGCAGUUCUUGCAGCCAUAGCCGAAAGUGUUGACGGGACAUUAGCAAUCCUGCAAACUUCGGCUUUAUCUACAAUCCCAAGGAUUUUGCAAUCUUCGCCAUCUAGAGCUGCCCGGGAGUAUUGCGUUACUGUUCUGCUAACUUUGUGCAAAAACGGCGGUGCAGAAGCGAUUGCGAUUUUAGCCAAGGACCAUUCUCUCAUGAGUUCACUAUAUUCACUUCUAACAGAUGGGACUCCUCAUGGUAUCAGUAAGGCUCGUGCUCUGAUAAAAACUCUACAUAGAUUUCAUGAAACAAGCUCUUCAGGAAGGAUUGCUUCAGUAACUCCAUGUGAACGACCAGUUCAUGCGUGGUAACUUUUAUUCCCAUAUUUUUUUUACUGUAAAUACAUCACACAUACAUUACAAAGCGAGGAUAAUAUUUUUUUUUCCUCCUGGAAUUUUAUGCAAUUUGCUCUAGUUUUUGUAAGGGCUAAUUGCUGUAUCCGUUGUAUAUCGUUAAGUAAUAAGAUACCAUAUACAUGCAGGUGUGCUUUGAU